UCAAAAUGGAGAGAGAGAACCGUGAGUCCCCUCCCCUGCCUACCUGUUUGUUUUCACCCAUGGCAGCAUUCGCUGCAAUAGCCUCGACCUUCUCCACCUCAUCUUCUUCUUUCAAGUUUCUCUCGCCACUGAAACCUUCUCCGUCCAUUAAACUCCAUUGUGGCUUUUCUGCCCGUGCUUUUUCUCUCAAAUCUCCCCUUGCUUCUCUCCCGCUUUCGAACAAAAAAUCCCGUUUCGAACUAUACUCUGCAGUACAAGAAGAAAUCACAGUAGAAGAAAAACCAGAGCAAACCCAAGAAGAGCAAAAGGAAAAGCUUUACGUUGCUAACCUUCCUUAUAGUUUAUCUGCCGAAGAUAUUAAGAAUAUCAUCGGUGAAUGCGGCCCUGUUGUAGAUGUCGAGAUUAUUAAGCAAAAGGAUGGGAGAAACAAGGGAUUCGCCUUCAUCACUAUGGCUGCUGAGGAAGAGGCUCGUGCUGUCAUUGAUAAAUUUGAUUCCUCUGAAUUGUCAGGAAGGAUUAUUCGAGUGGAAUUUGCAAAAAGUAUGAAGAAACCUUCCCCUCCUCCUCUUGCAAGUGCUCCUGUUGGAGAGACACCCCAUAAAAUUUAUGUCUCCAACCUUGCAUGGAAAGCAAGAUCUAGCCAUCUAAGAGAAUUCUUCUCUGCCAGUUUCAAUCCAGUUUCAGCUAGGGUGGUCUUUGAAAGGCCCGCAGGUAGAUCUGCUGGCUAUGGGUUUGUCUCAUUUGCCACAAGGGAGGACGCAGAGUCCGCUAUUUCUGCUUUGGAUGGAAUGGAAUUGAUGGGCCGGCCUGUUCGUUUGAAAUUUAGUCAAAAGAAUGCUGAUGCAUCUGGUGGGGAGGCAGAAGAGACGGGUGAUGUGGAGGAAGGGCAACCAGAAGAGACUGACAAUGUCAGCGAAGGGCAACCAGAGAAGCCAUAGAUGGAAAGACCCAGGCCUUGUUGUCUUGGCCUGUGGUUUUCUUCAGUUAAGAGUGGGGGAAGUGACAGAAAGGGCUGUUUUUCAACUCAUGCACUCAGCACAGGGAAGUGAAGAUGUUCUUUAUAUUUCGUGCAUUAUCAUUUUCUUUUUCUGCUGCCUGGCCUCUUCAGAGAGUACUGUAGAUUAACAAUUACUCUAGUCAAGUUAAUAGCUGUCGCCUUACAUUUU